CGGCGCGGAUUCGGGCUCCCGGGGGCGCGGGUCGAGGGCGCGGCGGGCAGCCUCGCUCCUCUCGGGCUCAGGGCCGCGGGCGCGCUCUCCGGGGGCUUCCCCUUCCAUCCCGUGCGUCCCGGUUCUGAGUCCCAGGGGCCAGGAUGACCAUCCGACACCAAGGCCAGCAGUACAGGCCGAGGAUGGCGUUUCUGCCGAAGAUCGAGGCCCUUGUGAAGGACAUGCAGGACCCGGACACAGGGGUCAGGGUGCAGAACCAGAAGGUCACGGUCGUCAGCAUCCCUCACGCCAUGACGGGAAGUGACGUCCUCCAGUGGAUCAGCCAGCGCCUGUGGAUCUCUGGACUGGAGGCCCAGAACUUGGGCAACUUCAUUGUCAAGUACGGCUACAUUUAUCCCCUGCAAGACCCCAGGAACCUCACUCUGAAGCCCGACAGCAGCCUCUAUCGAUUCCAGACGCCGUACUUCUGGCCCACCCAGCAGUGGCCGGCUGAAGACGUCGACUACGCCAUCUAUCUGGCCAAGCGAAAUAUCAAGAAGAAAGGGAUUUUAGAGGAAUACGAGAAGGAAAACUACAAUUUCUUGAACAAAAAAAUUAACUACAAGUGGGACUUUGUCAUCAUGCAGGCCAGAGAGCAGUACCGGGCCGGGAAGGAGCGGAACAAGGUGGACAGGUACGCGCUGGACUGCCAGGAGAAGGCGUACUGGCUGGUGCACAGGUGCCCUCCAGGGGUGAACAACGUGCUGGACUACGGCCUGGACCGAGUGACUAACCCAAAUGAAGACCAGAAACAGACCGUGGUUUCUGUCAGGAAAGAGAUCAUGUAUUACCGACAGGCCUUGAUGAGGUCCACGGUGAAGUCGUCCGUGUCUCUUGGAGGGAUCGUUAAGUAUAGUGAGCAGUUUUCAUCCAAUGAUGCCAUCAUGUCAGGCUGCCUCCCCAGCAAUCCGUGGAUAACAGACGACACCCAGUUCUGGGAUUUAAAUGCCAAACUGGUGGACAUCCCAACCAAGAUGCGGGUGGAGCGCUGGGCCUUCAACUUCAGCGAGCUGAUCCGGGACCCCAAGGGUCGGCAGAGCUUCCAGCACUUUCUCAGGAAGGAGUUCAGUGGGGAGAACCUGGGCUUCUGGGAAGCCUGUGAGGACCUGAAGUACGGCGAUCAGUCCAAAGUCAAGGAGAAGGCAGAGGAGAUUUACAAGCUUUUCCUGGCCCCCGGGGCGAGACGGUGGAUAAACAUAGACGGCAAGACCAUGGACAUCACGGUCAAGGGGCUGAAGCACCCCCACCGCUACGUGCUGGACGCGGCGCAGACCCACAUCUACAUGCUCAUGAAGAAGGACUCUUACGCUCGCUACUUAAAAUCCCCAAUCUAUAAGGAGAUGCUGGCCAAAGCAAUUGAACCCCAGGGAACUACGAGGAAAAGCUCGAGUCUCCCGUUCCUGCGGCGGCACCUGCGCUCCAGCCCCAGCCCCGUCAUCCUCCGGCAGCUGGAAGAGGAAGCCAAGGCGCGGGAGGCGGCCACCACGGUGGACAUCACCCAGGUCAUGAGCAAGCUGGACCGCAGGAGCCAACUCAGAAAAGAGCCGCCUCCCAAAUAAAUCCACACUUGCUUCCUCCCGGGGUGGGGGAGGCAGGGCUGGAGGAGGCCUUUCUGUGUUUGUGGGGCGGUGGGCCGCUCGGGUUCACACUGAUUCCUCAGACCCCCGUCCUGGGCUUCCCACUACCCCUCCAGCUCGCCGUGGCCUCAGGUGGGCAAAGGCAGGGGCUUGGGCACCUGACUCCAUAGCUGUGACAUCUGCCUGCUUCCCUCCGGACCACUUGGGGUGAGAGCCAGAGAGAAAAGCCGCCUCCUGAACCGCCACUGGCUUUAGGACGUUCAGAAGGGCCCUCCCCACCCCUCCGCGUAGUUCUUUCAGGCAGGUUUUUUGUUUGUGUCCAGUGGCUUCAGGAAGCUCCUCCUCCAGUCUCUCCAAGUUAGACUUUUUCUCUAAAGCAGUUGGAGACCCGCCCCCCGCCCUCCCCCCAAGGGGCUGCUUCAAGGUUCCUCGUCAAACCAGCCCAGAGCAGCUCUGCUGACACAGUUCUGUUGAGCCUGUUCUCAGGAUGAGUUUUGAAGGCUGGCCGGGUCUCUCCUUCGUUUUUGCCUCCUCUCCCCCUGUUACACGAUGCCAGGGGAAAUUAGUAGCUUGUAGGAAUGAAGGACUCAGGCUGGAGGCCUCAGGAUGGGUCCAGGUAACACGGAGCAUCUUUCUGGACAAAGGAUGAAAGUGCUGAUGUCUUCAUUCGUAGAAGGAGGGAUGGUUGGAGGUCUGUGACAUUUUCAAAGUGAGUCAGAGUCAAAGAUAGUUCUCUUCGGGUUAUUUUCUAGAUGUUGGUGCUUCCUUUCUUUGUAGCUUUAGAUUAGGUGAGCCUGUGGUGGGGCGGUACUCGCUGCUCCCAGUCAGAGACCAGCUUACACUCUGAAAGAGCAACUAGAGGCGCUUUGUUUCUCUCUCCUUUGAAGAAUGCUGGAGUCCUCCUAUGGGGGGGGGGCACCUCAAGGAGAAAUUCCAGGUGAUGAACCUUUUGUAAACUGACCUGAGUGGGGGACAAUACCUCACCAUGUGGAGUCUAAGGCUUUAGAUCUAAUUAGUUCUGCAUCAAUGCAUUAUGUGAAUGGAUGGAUGGAUGAAUUGAUGAGUGGGUGGAUGGAUGGAUGGAUGGAUGGAGGGAUAAGUCGAUGGAUGAGUGGGCAGAGCCUUGGGUUUGGAGAAGGCCUCCUAGGCUUUGGUCCUCAUUCUCCUGUUAGCCAGGUAGUCUUCAGCAAGUCUCUUCACCUCUAUGCUUUGUGAUUUGUGAACUGAGGCGUUGGGGCCAGAUCCAUGCUUCUUAGACCAGACUCAGUGAAUUCCAGGAGGAUACCCAGCCUGGAGCAUCAGUUUUACUUGAAGAUUUGGAAUGGGAGGAAAGAUAGAUAAUUUUUAAAAUUUCACAUUAAAAUAAUCAUGAAUA